UAAGAAUUUCCAAACCAGAUAAGGCAAAGAGUUGGAUUGUUCUUCAGUUAUGUAAUUAUUACUCAUUUACACAAAUUAGCCUUUCUGUUAAUACUGGAGGCAGGGAGGGUCAGUGUCUAGGAGCUGAUAUCUCCUGUUUAAACUACCUGACAUGGGCACGUUCAUUUUAUUUGGACUAAAUUCUUCAAAUCCUGCAUACUUCUAGUACAGUGUGCAACCUGUUAAUAUUAACUUCUUGUAGGAGUCUGAUGCCCUCGUAUUGAACCUCAGUAACGUGAUGUUAGAGGUCUCGUUAUAGGAGUUGCAAGGCAGCACUUAAACACAGAACUUUAUGCUGACUCUAAUUAGCUAAUUACUAGCCCAGGCUAUUAUGAGAGUGGGGCCAACAUCAAAUGUGGAAGUGGGCAUUUAAGUUACAAAACAGCUGGCCUUUGUGCUCAACGGCUUCACAUAAUUCUUGUAUUAAUAACCGAACUGUUUGGUAAAUAUUGACCUUCUGUUCAGCGAGGUUAGUGCUUUCCAGGAGGGAACCAUCUCUGCAGGUGAUUUUAUUACCUUUUAUUUUUCUUCCCAAUUUGCAACGUGUUGUAUAAAGGCACUAGUUUAUUUAGAGGGAGGGGAGAGGAGUUUUUCAGUUAAGCUGACACACAGAACAUGACAAACAAUAAAUGGGGGUGUCCAGCACAGCUUUAGAGAUGUCCCUGGGGUUUCCUAAGCGUGUGGAAACUGAGGGAGGUGACUGUGCAGGGUUUCUUGGUGUCAUCGUGGUUGGCAGUAAUCGUGCACAGCUGGAAAAACUUCGCCUUGGUGUCAGUAAAGGAGAAAUGAUUGCACAGCACUAAAACUCCUCUGGUGGAAGAAGGAAUCUGUUGACGGCAUCCAGUGCUAGCUUUUCAUCUGGCAUCUGACCCUGCUGGAAGGCCAUCAUGCAGCAGCCUCCACAGACUGUUCCAGCGGGAGCAGCAGCUCCACCUCCUGCAGGCCUUGCCCGGAACGUUUACUGGAGAAACACCUCGCUGAGUAAACGAGCAAAUGCAGCAGCUGCCCCGGUGCAGCCUGUGACAGACCCUUUUGCCUUUGGCAGACAAACUCCCCAGGGUUCCCCUUUAGAUAAUCCAUCCAAGGGCAAUGCGUUGGUUAUGCCAAGUUCUUCCCCGGCGGCGUUUCCCCAGCCAGCUGUUCUGCAUCCUUCACCCUCACACACAGGGGACAAUCCUCAUGGACUGCACACGUCUUUGUCAGCUCCUGUUCCCCAACCAGGAAUAAACACCAGUACCUUUUCUAACGUUCCAGUUCCUUCACCGUCCCCAGGAUACGUUAUAAAUAGCACUACAGAAAUGCAUCCCAACGCAGAGCUGGGACUCCACGGCUCUGCGGUACCUUUGCAUUAUAAUACAGGAGCAGCACUUGAAAAUUCUUUCGGUGUGCAUCCUGGAAUGGUGUCUAUGUCAAACAGACCUGGAGGCAGGCAAGAUGCUAGCAGAGAUCCGAGCGAUGUUCCUUCGGGACCCGCUGCAGCAGCAGUCUUCCCUCCACCUCCUCAGCAGCCCGUGUCUCAGUGGAGACCUGGCCAAGGUAACCUGCAGUCUCCAGUUCGAAAUUUUGUGCCCCAUCCUGAGCCGUCUUCUCAGCCUGACAUUCACAACAUUUCUCAGUCUUCGGUCAGCCCUCCUCAUCCUCCCCCACAGACGAAUUUGCAGCAUGCUCCUGUACAUCAAGGUGUUCCACAAAAUCCCGUGCAAGCGCCUUUAUCUGUUGGUUGUGAAAAGAAUGGGAAAAAUGUCUCUGCAAACCAUGGUCAUCACAUGAACAGCAUCCAGCCUGGCAAUGUGUUUAGGCAGAACGCAGAAAUGACUAAUGCUUGGUUAAAUCAAACUUACCAGGACCAGUUUUACCCACAGCCACCCUUGCAAGACUCCAAUUUUGUCAUUCCCACAACUCAGGAAAACAACCCCAAAAAACAAUCUCCGGGUGUGGCUGAAACAUCAAAUAGACCUGUUCCCACAGACCGAGAUUCGGGAACCAUCUCCAUGUUUUUCAAAGGGGAUGAGGCAGAGAAUGAAGAAAUACUUUCAUCUGAAAAAAAUUACAUGGUUGAGAAAACCGAGUUUGCUUCUCAGCCAAAUUCGUCGCCCCUGUAUCACCAGCCCAUGCAGCCUCAGUGGGCUGCAACGAAUGUUCUGGCGCAGGUCGGUGCAGGUUCGGCCAACGAGGUGGUACAAAAAGGAAUGGAUGUGCAGUAUUUCCCUAAAAUUAUUAGCCAGCAGGAGGCACAGGCUGCCAAGCACGCGAUGUUUAUCGGUGAUGACAAAGCGUGCGCAGGUGAUGCAGCCGGUAACGGUGGGUCACAGUACGAAAACGUGGAGAACCUGGAGUGCAUUCAGAAUCAGGAAGUGCUGCCAAGCGAGCCGCACAACGUGAACGCUUCAUCCCCUCCUGCUCACCCUGAUCUGUACCGAUACGGAGCCCUGCCGGGGCAGAUGCUUCCAAAGAACGCUGUUGUGAGCCAUGCUGAAGGAGGACCAAAUUUGGAGGCACCUGAUUCCUUACCUCAUCCUGUCCGGCCCGAUAGCGUAUCUUCAAACUAUAGCAACAUUAGCCAUAGGAGUGCUUCGAGCUCAGCGAGGCCUCCCGAGCAAGUCGGUACGUUUAUUCAGCAAGAAAGUGGGAAGCCUGAUGAAGAAUCCUCUGCUCGCUUCUUCAAACAGAUCGACUCUUCUCCUCUGGGAGGUGAUUCAGGCGAGGUAAACCUGAGCAAGAGCUACCAUAGUAACCUCUCCCAGCCUCCAACUCCAAGCCCUCCCAAGCCUACAGGAGUGUUUCAGACGAGCGCAAACAGUUCUUUUGAACCUGUGAGGUCCCACGGAGUUGGCAUAAAACCUGCAGAAAUUGACCAGGCAAAGAUGGUGGUCGAGUUAAGAGAGAACCACUCAAACCAAAAGAACACCAAGAAGAACACAGCCGUGCCAGCUGCAUCACCAGGCAAUCUCGAACAGCCACCAGAUAAUCUGGAAACUAUUUUUAUGCCUCAGGUAUACCCGCUGCCUCUUGCAGUUACUGGUGAAGCUGGAAACAUGUUGCAUUCUGGAGCUGUUACAGAAAACAUGCAGUCGUUGUCUGAGCGAAGGUCUUCAACGAGAGCUCAGGGAGCAAUUAAGAAGUGUGACAGCCCAGCAACAACUCUGUGGGCUCAUAAUGAAUUACCUAAUUUUGGGGGAAAUGUUCUUCUAGCUCCUGCUGCUCCUGCGGUGUAUGUACCUGCCAAACAAACUGUGGAAGUCAUUCAGCCACCAGAAGAAGGCCUGCCUAAUCAGCAGCCAAAUAAACCAGGGAAUAUUGCUGUGCAGCCUUCCCAAGAUGGAAAUAUAUCUUCUGAAAAUCUUGAGAAUCCUCCCAAAAUGGGAGAAGAGGAGGCACUUCAGUCUCAGGCAAGUUCUGGUUAUGCAAGUUUGUUGUCUUCUCCACCUACGGAGUCUUUGCAAAAUCAGCCUAUCCUGAUUGCUCAGCCUAAUCAAAGCUAUAACUUGGCUCAGCCAAUUAAUUUUUCUAUUUCUCUAUCUAAUCAGCUAAGCAGCAAUGAAAAUCAGCCAAUGAAGGAUGCCGGGGUUGGGGACAAGCCUUCGAUGGGCCCCCAGACUUCACAUACUGGUGGGAUCAUCUCGGGGGAAAAUGCACCGCUGCCUGUGAUGCAAGUUGGAUCUCUGUUAGUUAAUGCACCUCCAAAUACUAAUCUGUUAAAACAUAAUUUAUUGCAAAGCCCUGUUAAUUCCUCUGAUACUGCCUCUAAUCAGCCUGCAAACUUGCUCAUGAAAACACCGCUUAAUUUAGCUCCUGAAGGGCAAAAGAAUGUUAAUUUUGAAGGUUUUGUUCCUGAAUUUGCUAGCAAACCGGGAGCUAAUUCAUCCGUCUCUCCUGGGAUUAAUCUUCCCAGUGGAAGUGUGCUGCUGCCACCUGUUAAUUCCGUAGUACAGGCUAAUAGUUCUGCAAAUCGCUCAAAUAACAAAGAAGAAGCUGCUGGAGUGCUUGACUUUACAGUGCCACGGACAUUGGAGAAAAGCAGCGCGAGUAACGCUGUGCAAGCGCACAGUCAGUCGCUUUCUGGUCCCGCGUAUCCUCCGCAGUCAGUCGGUGCUGGCCAGGUGGGUCCUGAGGUACAUGACAAACAACAUUUCUAUCAACAGGUAACAAAAGAUGUACAGCCUCAGGCUGUGCCAGACAGAGCUGGGCAGGGAGCGUUGCCCCAAAUGCAGGCAGCUCAGAUGCAGCAACCGGCAUCUUCCGGACACUCCUCGGCUCCUUCCAACUACCCGGCUGCUGCAGGGACUGGUGCCACACAGCAGCAGCAGCAGUGCGAGAACCAGGAGCUGGGGAACCAAGAGGCCAGUUCCUCACAGCUGGCGAGGUACGACCAGGCGAGCCCUGAGAAGCAGCCCGUGCCUGGGCAGCCGUCGGGUGCACAGACUUCCACAGCUCCUCCUACCAGCACCGGCCAGCCGGUCGUGCCAAGUGCACAGCAAGACCCACAGCGUCCGCCCCCGCCUCAGACUCCUCAGGAUGCCUUUGGUCCACCACAGAACCCCUACUACUACUACAGACAUCCUUAUGAUGCUUACCAGCCUCCAUAUCCCCCACCGUACCCUCCUGCGGAUCCCAGAGCAGCAUCUCAUCUUUAUUACAUGGAGGACAGCUACGGACAGUACGACCCACGGUACAGACACUACGAUAGCAGCAGCGCUGCUUAUAUGGAGCCUGGGAGCUAUCGUUACCCUGAGCCCGAACGUCCCAGUUCCAGAGCCAGCCACUGCUCUGACAGGCCUUCUUCUAGGCAGGGGUAUCCUGAAGAUUAUUAUGCAAAAACUGGAUGGACUGAUUAUUAUCCAGGCUAUUACCCAAAUGCAUAUGACUAUGGAGAUCCAAGUCGUUGGGAACGUUACUCGUCAGCAUAUGACCCCAGAUACAGAGAUCCUAGAAGUUACGAUCAGAGGUAUUGGUAUGAUGCUGAACACAACCCUUACCAGAAGAGAGACGCAUAUCCAUAUGGCAGCAGACAUGACCGAUACGAAGAUCAUUGGAGAUACGAUCCUCGUUUUACUGGAAGCUUUGAUGAUGAAGCAGAGCCUCACAGAGAUCCUUAUGGUGAUGAAUUUGACAGACGCAGCGUUCACAGUGAGCAUUCUGCUCAUAGUCUCCGUAGCUCCCACAGUGUUCACAGUCACCGGAGCAGUUUUAGCUCUCGCUCUCAGCAAAGCCAGCUGUAUAGAAGUAACCAUGAUCUAACGGCUAAUGCCUAUGAAAGUACUGCACAGGCAGUGUCGCUGCAUGCAGAUUAUACGUAUGGUGGAUAUGCUCCUAACUUUGGUGGACAACAGCCUUUUACAGAUUAUGGCUACCCGACCGAAACUGGAUGGUCAACUGUAGAACAAGCACCUUUAAGGCCCUCAACGCCUGAGAAAUUUUCAGUGCCUCAUCUGUGUGCUAGGUUUGGUCCUGGGGGAUUCUUAAUAAAAGUGCUGCCAAACCUGCCUUCAGAAGGACAGCCAGCUCUGGUUGAAAUACACAGUAUGGAGACUAUGAUGCAGCACUCUCCAGAGCAAGAAGAGAUGAGAGCGUUUCCUGGUCCUCUUGCUAAGGAUGACACCCAUAAAGUGGACGUUAUUAAUUUUGCACAAAAUAAAUCUACACAGUGCUUCAAGAAUGAAAAUUUAAUUGACAAAGAAUCUGCAAGUCUGCUUUGGGACUUCAUUGUUCUGUUGUGCAGGCAGAAUGGGACUGUUGUGGGAACAGACUUGGCUGAACUUUUGCUCCGAGAUCAUAAAACAGUAUGGCUUCCUGGAAAGUCCCCUAAUGAAGCAAAUUUGAUCGAUUUCACUAAUGAGGCUUUGGAACAAGUAGAAGAGGAAUCUGGUGAAGCUCAGCUCUCGUUUCUCACUGAUAGUCUUAUAACCACGAUUGACACUCUUGAGAAAGAGACAGAGAGGUUCAGAGAGUUGCUGCUUUAUGGCCGUAAGAAGGAUGCUUUGGAAUCGGCCAUGAAGCAUGGCUUAUGGGGUCAUGCUCUGCUACUUGCCAGCAAGAUGGACAGCAGAACGCAUGCAAGAGUUAUGACCAGAUUUGCCAACAGUCUCCCGAUUAAUGACCCUCUGCAGACUGUUUACCAGCUCAUGUCUGGAAGGAUGCCAGCUGCAUCCACGUGCUGUGGAGAUGAGAAAUGGGGAGACUGGAGGCCUCAUCUAGCAAUGGUGUUAUCCAACUUGGCAAACAAUGUGGACUUGGAAUCCAGGACUAUUGCAACCAUGGGAGACACUCUUGCUUCUAAAGGAUUGCUUGAUGCUGCUCACUUCUGUUACCUUAUGGCCCAAGUUGGUUUUGGAGUUUACACAAGGAAGACGACAAAACUUGUCCUAAUUGGAUCAAAUCAUAGCUUGCCAUUUUUUAAGUUUGCCACCAAUGAAGCCAUUCAAAGAACAGAAGCCUAUGAAUACGCACAGUCACUAGGAACUCAACCUGGCUGCUUGCCCAAUUUCCAGGUUUUCAAAUUCAUCUAUGCUUGCCGACUUGCUGAAAUGGGACUUGCUGCUCAGGCCUUCCAUUAUUGUGAAGUGAUUUCCAAAACUGUCCUCAAAGAUCCACACUACUAUUCACCUGUACUCAUUGGCCAGCUAAUCCAGAUGUCAUCGCAACUGCGCCUGUUUGAUCCACAGAUAAAAGAGAAACCAGAACAAGAAUCUCUUGUUGAACCUUCCUGGUUGGUAAGGCUUCGCCAUGUGGAUGGACAGAUCAAGGGGGGUGCAAUAGCUUAUAACACAGACAGAUCCACACCACAACAGUAUCCGUGUAGCACACCAAGCUCUGAAUUAGACCAUACCAGUCAAUAUGAUGGAGGAGGAGUUGGCCAUGACAUGGGCCCAGGCACUGAAAAUGCAUUGUUAGCAUCCUUAUUACCCAAUAUGUCUCAACAGAUGCAAAGUGUGCAGCUGAUGCCUUCAGCACCUCAGGCUAUACUUGAUGGGUCAGCUGCUGUGAUUCCUCCUGGUGACCAGGAAGCUGUCCGAAGUGUCCCCUUCUACCCAGUGGCUUCUCAGCCUGUUGGUCCAGGCCCUGGCUUUGCACCUCCAGGGUUUUCAAAUCAGUAUGGAGCUGAACCAUCACCGCUGUAUAUGGGGUCAACGCUACCACCAGGAGGGCCACCGCAAGAAACUGAAUCACGGGAAGAAGAGCAGACAAAUCUGGAAACAGGAAUGCAGAGAAUUCCUCCGGAGUCUCCUUCACGAAACUCUUUCCCUGAACAGAGAGAGGAAGAUUUCUACAACAGAAUGGCUAGCAUGGCACCAGGACGAAGAUCCAGAUCUGCAUCUCAGUCUUCAGCAUAUAUGGGCUAUGGGCGAAGGUCACGGACAACUUCAGAGUCCUCUGCGCAUUCUGUGGGACGAGAAAGAUCCAACUCCGCAGCAAAACAGCCUUCUCCUUCUCCACCUGUUCCUGUAGGGAAAGAGACUAAAAAAGAAGUAAAAAAAGAGACAGCAUCUAGAAAGACCGGUGGAAACUGGUUUCGCUGGCUGAUGGGGAAAGGAAAGAAUGAAGCUCACCUUCCAGAUGACAAAAACAAAUCCAUUGUUUGGGAUGAACAGAAACAGCGCUGGGUUAAUUUGGAUGAACCAGAAGAAGAGAGUAAACCUCCACCACCACCUCCAACAGGAUUUCCUAAAGUUCCCCAGACUGCUCCGUCUGGGCCUGGAGGCCCACCUAGUGCCCCUGUCAACAUGUUCUCCAGAAGAGCAGCAGGAAGCAGAGCCCGUUACGUCGAUGUUCUGAAUCCAGGUGGAACCAAGUCGAGUGGUGCUGUUCCUGCACCAGCAGAUCUGUUUGCCCCCUUGGCACCGAUGCCAGUUCCUGCAAAUGUCUUUGUUCCAAACUCAGUUCCAGGUGAACCCCAGCCGAUGGAAGGGAGUGGUGCAGCAGAGCACACUCCAGCUGCAAACCAAACCAACACAGAACCUGCUGCAGCUGCUGAUCCAGAGUAUUUAAACCCUCCAAUCCUUCCACCUGGAUCUGGGCUUCCUGUUUCCAACCCUGAUGGCUUCCAAUCAGGAGAGCUUUCGCGCUCUAGUUCAAUGAGUUCAUUAUCACGUGAAGUAAGCCAGCAUUUUAAUCAGCCCGCCGCUGUACCACCUUCGGGGGGACCUUCAGCAGGAACAGUACAGUUCUACAAUCCUUCUCAAUUUGCACAAUCUCCUGCAGUCACUGGAAGUUCAAGGCCAGGAAGAAUAGGACAGAGGAAGUAUCCAACGCUGAAGUAGAAUACAGUGGCUCUGCUUGGAAUUCUCAUUCAUGUUCUGAAUAUAUGAAGAACUAUUCAAUCUGAUGGCACAUGGUAUCAGAACUAGCUGCAGUUGACAGGACAGUAAUUUAAUGAUGGGUGAUUUUUUUCAUGGGUCUCCCUACUUGCACUUCAUCUACAUAAAUCAUUACCAAACAUGAAAUAUAUGUAACUUUUCCUUUUAAAGAACUGGCUAGAAAUAGCUUUGCUGUGAUAAAGAAUAGACACAAGGGAGGAAAUAGUUGCUGUCUGUUACAAAAAUUAUUCAUAAAUUGCAUAGGCAAUUUAUUCCUUAAAAUAAUUUUAAACCUACUAGUGUGACUUUAAGGCAUAGUUUCAGGGAUUCCUUAAUUUCUGAAGGAUGCUCCUGUCCCAUUGUGGGGGGAAAAACAUGUCCACAUUGUAACAUAACACUCUGUGGCCUUAAGAGGACCAUGCACAAUUGUAAUGCUUAUAAAACAGGACUUGGUUUGUCAAUGUAUGAAAUUCAAGAUGUUCAUCUGGGAAAUGCCUCGUGCUAGUUUGUUUUUUGAAGGGGGGAGGGGGCCACAGCUCAUCCAAAUAAAUUGACCCAUAUCGAAUGAAAACUGUGACUGUAAUCUAAUACUAAUUUGAUUUGGAUCUUAUCUAGUAUGUAUGUAGUUUGUGGUUUAGACUACUUGUAAAGCAAAUUGUAUAGUCUGAAAGAAGCUCUCUGUAUAAUAGCUGAUGCUGUACUAUUUGAUGAGUGAGUGUUCUUUUAAGUGCAAUACGGUUACUUGCUUUCUCUCAAACUGCUGGCACUGUGUAAUUAAGGUGGUAACAGCUUGAAAGUUGUCUUUUCCUCUCGAGUGCCAGAAUCAGCAUAAUACUGUUCUUGAAUUUCCAUUACUAAAAUAACCAAGGUCUUAAAUAGCUAACAGCUGAAUUUCAAACGUACUAAAUGUAGAUGGAUUAGACCUCUACCGAUGGACGUUGAAAUCUAUAGGAUUAAUAUAGGAAAUCUUGAAAACCAUGAUAUGCAAUGUUCAUAUUGACUGAAGAAUCUGAAUCAUCUGCAAAGAGGGAAAUAAACUUUAAAUAUUUAUUAAAUUGUUAGGCCAUAUUUUAUUUAGAAUUUGCCACCACACUAUUUGAUUUUACUUGAAUUUCUGCUCAUGAGUAGAAAUAACGUGAAUGUGAAAUUGCUGGUGUUGGUCCCUGGUAGUUUUUCUUCUCCUGAAUAAUGUCACCUUCCUGAGAUCUCGAUAGCCUUACGUUUUAUUCUAAAAGGGGUUGUGUGUAGCUGAAGCAUAAUGCUGUUUGGGGGAAUCGGAAACCUUGGCGUAGUGGUCCGUACUCGAUGGUCCGUACUCAAUUCCAGGCACGGUGAGCAGCAGCGUGGGGUUCCUCUUCUGUGACUGAAACCUAGUCAGACACUUGGCUUCCUCUAGUUCAGCCAGGCCGCUGAUUAUUUUCUCCUUUCAGUAGAGACUGCCAAACAUCUUUAAUUCAAGAAGGCUUCCUCUGAGCUGGGAGCGGCUGUCUUUCCUAAGUGUAAGAUUUGACACUGUAAAUUCUUAAAUAAAAUAUUUUGCGCUCUGGAGCACUUUCACAUUUUA